AUGCCGGACGCGUACUCAAGCUCUCCUAGCUCGUGGAUCUCCUGGUUCCUGUCGUCGAAGGGCAAUGAAUACUUCUGUGAAGUCGAGGAGGACUACAUCCUUGACCGCUUCAAUCUCACGGGCCUCAACACGGAGGUACAGCACUACGCGCAGGCGUUGGACAUGAUCACGGACAAUCUUGACGAGGAGAUCCAGGACGACCUCCGUGGCAACCUCGACCUGCAAGCCCGCCUCUUGUACGGCCUCAUCCACGCGCGAUGGAUAGUGACAGCGCGGGGCCUCGCAAAAAUGCUUGAAAAAUACAAGCGCGCCGACUUCGGCCGCUGCCCGCGCGUCCUCUGCCAAUCGCAGCCCCUCCUUCCUGUCGGCCUCACCGACGUGCCCUACGAAAAGUCCGUCAAGCUGUACUGCGGCCGCUGCGAGGACAUCUACUCGCCCAAGUCGUCCCGGCACGGGUCCAUCGACGGCGCGUACUUCGGCACGUCGUUCCCGCACCUCCUCUUCCUCGUCUACCCGAACCUCAUCCCACCAAAGAGCGGCCCGGUCGAGCUCGCGCUCGCGGGACGGGGCGACGUCGAAGGCAGCAGGCGGAGCAGGAGGGUGAGGGACGAGCAGGAGACGGAGGGCGUUGGGGAGGGGAUGAGCACGGCGAGUGUGGCGUUGAAGGCGGACCGGUACCGCCCGCGGAUCUUCGGGUUCCAGGUGAACGAGAUUGCGAAAUUGCAGAGGUGGCAGGAGGCGGUCAGAGAUAGGCAGAUCACACGGUUGGAAGAGCUGGAGGAGAACGCAUAA